AUGUCUGCACCGACGAACGCCGACGAACGUACCACCGUGAGGAGACGGAGCGAGCGCCAGCGGAGCGCGUCGGCCAGGGCCCUUAAGAGGCCGCCACCGGACCUCCCCCCUCGGCGCACCAUAGCGGCUUCACGCACGGCUGCUGGGUCACUGCACUCGAGGCGACCGGGCGACAGCUCGGAUCCCUCCAGGUCUCGGAUAUUCAUCAACUGGUACGGAGUAUCAAAGGCCGAUGAGGUGGGAACGUGCGACGUUUGUCACACGGCAACCGCGAUUAUCGGCCGCGUGAACGAGACUGGCCUCUUAUCGCGCCCGACACCCAUUCUCCGGGGCGGGCGGACGGUGGCGUGCACGUGGACUACGCGAACGCGCGACCUCGUCGUUUUUGUCGCCCGCCUAGUGUCCAACCAAUGUGAGCGACGCGUCCGCUGCACUGGGACGGCGCGCCACGUACACGCGUUCGAUACUCCGAAUCUCUCAAAA